UCAAGAAACUGCUUAUCUUGGAAGAGAAUCUCUACAAAGGAUCCAUUGGGUGUUGGUUCAUACAAUGACCAAUGAUGCAUUCAUGAGGUGUAAUGCCUUUCAGACUGCACAUUGUCCCCCCAUCCACAGUCAGUUCCAUUGGCUGGCACGCAAAAGAGCAUCCAUAUCUAAAUCUGGUUAGCUUGAUAAAAAGCCGUAGGUAGUUUAUGGUACCAUCAUAACCCGGCACGCUUCAUAUUCUUUGAAUCACUCUAGAGGUCAGGUUACAGAAUGGAUUGGUUGGGGACUCCUUAUGGGGGUAUAAACCUGCUACAAUUUGACAAACUAUAUCCGUAGUUGCGGGUUUCAAGAUGAUAUUCUGGUUUAUUGGAUCAAAAUGCUACUUGCUGUUCCUAGUGAUGGUCAAUCACGGAACUGGUUGAGCCUAGAAGCUCUCCAACCUAGUAGAUGGCUUUCGGGUAUAAUCUGGGUAUGCAAACUCAAGGCAUCGACAGCAGAAGUGUCAAGGAUUUGCUAGCGUUAGAAUUAGCGGCAUCUUGUUCUUCAUUCUCUGCCUCUCUCAAAAGUAGCAGUGUGCCGGACUUGAUGAAAGUUGAAAGCCUAUCUCUGAGGAGAUUAUUUGACAUGGAGCACACUAGUUUGGCAACCCAUUUUCAGGAUUCCAGUGGCUCGCCGAUAAUAAAUCCUAUCCCUCUAUGGGGCAGUGAUACUGAUCCAUGGGCAUCCAUCAGACAGACUGGGACUUCUGGGUCCGAUGAACCUAGUAACUUUACUUCUGGCAGCAGCAGGCAUGGCGACUACGAAUCCAAGGAUGGAAAGGCAAAGAAAAGCAAUCGCAAGUUAACCAGGAAAAAAUCGUUUCGGAGUUUGCCAGGACUUCGUUUAUGGAGAUUCAGGCGGUCUAGUGAAAAGGCUUAGGAUUAUGAUUUGUGGUAAGAUUUCCUGAAAUUAGAAUGUAACCUUAGUUCGUUUCCUGUUCAAGAAAAGAAAAGAUCAUAACCUUUUUUUACAAAAUCAAAAUGUUGAACGAAACAAUCAGCUGCCCAUAAUUUGGAAGAAAGAAUGAUCUUGCAACUUCGUUGCAA